GGUCCUGAAUAUGUUCUCACACUAAUUAAACAGUCAAAUGAGGUUCCUUCUGGCUCAGGUAUAAUAUAACCCUUCGGAUCAACCCCUAGCUAUACUCAGAUGUCUGUUAAUUCACUAUGGUAAAGAUCGUCCACAGGCCAAUGAAGGAAUGAACCUCACAAACAACAGAAGCCAGUUCUCGGUCUCUUCGGGACCUGGCAAUGGAGACUACCGUAAAUUCAGUUUGGGGGGAUGUAGUAGUCAUGAUACUGAAAGUGUGGCCUCACGCAGCUCUGGGGUCUUUUCUGGAUAUGACACGAUGGAUACCCCACCAAGUUAUGACUUCUAUACUAACACAGAGGUUUUUGGGAGAGCAAGGAAAUCAAGACCUUCUCUCUUUCAGCUUCACUCCAACCCUCAGGAUGACCCAUCUCCACCUCCUCUGUAUGAGGAGACAAAUGUGGACAAACAGAGCCCAGAGGAAGAUGAAUCUGCAGAACCUCCUCCAGAACCAGCUCGCUUUGGAUGGGCUCAGGGAGUCAUGAUCCGCUGUAUGCUGAAUAUCUGGGGAGUUAUUCUGUACUUGAGGCUUCCCUGGAUAACAGCUCAGGCUGGGAUUGGUCUUACUUGGAUUAUAAUCUUGCUGUCCUCCUCUAUAACGGGCAUCACUGGCCUGUCCACAUCAGCAAUUGCCACUAAUGGAAAGGUUAAAGGAGGUGGAACAUAUUUCUUGAUCUCUCGCAGCUUGGGCCCAGAGCUCGGAGGUUCAAUUGGGCUUAUAUUUGCUUUUGCAAAUGCAGUGGCUGUGGCCAUGCAUACUGUGGGCUUUGCAGAAACAGUGCAGGCUCUCAUGCAGGAGAGUGAGGUUAGUAUGGUAGACCCACUUAAUGAUAUCCGUAUCAUUGGAGUGAUCACUGUCACCUGCCUGUUGGCUAUCUCAAUGGCUGGAAUGGAAUGGGAGUCCAAGGCCCAGGUCUUGUUCUUCUUUGUCAUAAUGGUCUCCUUUGCCAGUUACAUUGUGGGUACCAUCAUUCCAGCAUCUCCACAGAAGCAAGCCAAAGGUUUUUACAGCUACAGAGCCGAUAUUUUUGCGGAAAACUUUGUGCCCGGCUGGCGUGGACCGGAGGGCAGUUUCUUUGGCAUGUUUUCCAUCUUCUUCCCCUCAGCUACAGGCAUCCUUGCGGGGGCUAAUAUCUCUGGAGAUCUGAAGGACCCCAAUAUUGCUAUACCCCGUGGUACAAUGCUGGCUAUUUUUUGGACCACUUUGUCUUACCUCAUAAUCUCAGCUACCAUUGGCUCCUGUGUAGUGCGUGAUGCUUCUGGUUGUUUGAAUGACACCGUGUCGUCUCUGUCUGGGGACUGCUUGGGUGUGAGCUGCAACUAUGGCUGGAACUUCAGUGAAUGUAUUACCAACAAGACCUGCACUUUUGGAAUGAGCAAUAAUUAUCAGAGUUUAAGUAUGGUGUCGGCUUUUGCUCCUUUGAUCACGGCUGGCAUUUUUGGAGCCACUCUUUCCUCAGCCCUGGCAUGUCUGGUGUCCGCCCCUAAAGUGUUUCAGUGCCUUUGCAAAGACAACCUGUAUCCAGGCAUUGGAUUUUUCGGGAAGGGUUAUGGGAAGAAUAAUGAGCCAUUGAGAAGCUACCUGCUAACCUACAUCAUCGCUGUAUGCUUCGUUCUUAUUGCUGAGCUGAACACCAUUGCUCCCAUCAUUUCCAACUUCUUCCUCUGCUCCUAUGCCCUCAUCAACUUCAGUUGCUUUCAUGCCUCCAUCACUAACUCACCAGGUUGGCGUCCAACUUUUCGAUUCUACAGCAAGUGGCUGUCUUUGCUUGGAGCUGUAGUGUCUGUAAUCAUCAUGUUUCUCCUAACCUGGUGGGCUGCUCUCAUAGCCAUUGGCAUAAUCAUCUUCCUGCUGGGAUAUGUGCUGUAUAAGAAACCUGAUGUCAACUGGGGCUCGUCAAUGCAAGCCAGCUCAUACAACAUGGCACUAUCUCACUGUGUAGGUCUCAACCAAGUUGAAGAGCAUAUAAAGAAUUAUAGACCACAGUGUCUUGUUCUCACUGGACCACCCUCUAUGCGUCCUUCCCUGGUGGAUCUGAUCAGCACCUUCACCAAGAACCAGAGCCUGAUGAUAUGUGCAAAUGUCAUUACAAAGGGACCCUCGCCUGGUGCUGUGGACUCGGCCAAUAGCAGUAUUCAUUUAAAUUGGCUAAACAAGCGCCGCAUUAAGUCCUUCUACCACACUGUAGUGGCUGAUGACAUUCGCUCUGGUGUACAGAUGCUGCUGCAGAGUACGGGAUUGGGUCGGAUGAAACCUAAUAUCUUAGUGAUGGGAUUUAAGAAGAACUGGCGUAAAGGACAAUGGAGCAACCUUGAAAACUAUAUUGGAAUUUUGCACGAUGCAUUUGACCUGCAAUAUGGUGUUUGUGUCCUUCGGAUGAAGGAGGGUCUUGAUAUAUGUCGAGCAAUGCAGGCACAUGUGAAUCUAGGGUUUGAGACAUCUACUGAACAGGUACUUGACACCAGGACCUCCUCUUCUACUACCAAACCAACAAUUGACACAUCAUUGGAUACUGAGACACUGAUGGCCAUGUCCCAGCCUGCCACUGUGUUUCAAUCUAAACAGGACAAGAAGACCAUCGAUGUGUAUUGGCUCUCUGAUGAUGGGGGUCUGACACUAUUGGUGCCUUACCUCCUGACCCGUAAGAAGCGAUGGGCCAGAUGCAAAGUGAGGGUGUUUGUCGGAGGUGAAGUUCAGCAGAUUGAGGAACAGAAAGAAGAGCUUAAAGCUCUGAUUGCCAGGUUCCGUCUGGGUUUCCAAGAUAUUCAAGUCCUUCCUGACAUCAAUGAAAAACCACAGUCUGAGCACAUAAAGAGAUUUGAAGAUCUCAUAGCUCCAUAUAGAGUAAGUGCAGUCCAAAAGAAUGAUGAAGAAGCUGACGAGACAAUGAAGGAAUGUCCCUGGAUGGUGUCUGAUGAGGAGGUGGAAACGUUCAAAGCAAAGUCCCUUCGGCAGAUCCGUCUGAAUGAAGUUAUUCAAGAUUACUCAAGAGAUGCUGCAUUGAUUGUUGUCACCAUGCCUGUUGGACGAAGAGGGGCAUGUCCAAGUGCCCUCUACAUGGCUUGGUUAGAAAUUGUGUCCCGUGACCUUCGACCUCCAGUUCUUCUUGUCAGAGGAAAUCAGGAGAAUGUGCUGACGCAGUACUGCCAGUGAACAGCAGCUUUUUCUGACAAUACUGUUCACAUGCCUACAUCCAAAGAAAUAAACUUAGCUUGUCAUUGUUAAACUGUUAAAAUCGACUUAUUAAAAUGUUAAAUUAUGACCAAUGUACUUAAUUUCAUGCUGUGUUUAAUACUUGUUGUGUUGUUCAAAGGGUGUUUGUCCUCUUUGGUUUAACUUUAAUUCUUAAUCUAUAAUGUUAUAGGAAUAGUUAUUCCAAAAAUGAAAAUUCUUGUAUCAUUCACUUACCGUCACGCCAUCCCAGAUGUGUAUGACUUUCUAUCUUCAGCAGAACACAAGCAUAGAUUUGUAGAAGAAUAUUUCAGCUCUGUAGUUCCUCACAAUGCAAGUGAAUGGUGACCAAAACUUUCAAGCUCAAAAAGCACAUAAAGGCAGCAUAAAAGUAAUACAUUCGACUCAAGAGGCUAAAUUCAUGUCUUUUGACGUGAUAUGAUAUGUGUGAGUUAAAAACAAAUAAAUAUUUAAUACAUUUUUUAUAUGAAAUUCUCCCUGCCUAGUAAGUGACAAUAUGCAUGAAGAAUCGCCAAAGUCGCCAAAGAAAAAAGAAUAAUUUGAACAUGAAAGUGGAGAUUGAUAGUAAAAAAAAAGGACUUAAACAUUGACCUGUUUCUCACCCACACAUAUCACAUCUCUUCUGAUGACAUGGAUUAAACCACUGGAGUUGUAUGGAAUACUUUUAUGCUGCCUUUAGGCAAUGGGUCCACCAAAGCAUUUUUUGCCAGAUGAAAAUGCCAGGAAUUCAACUGAAAACGCCCAGCUGGGAGUGCUUGAGAGCGCUUUGGUGGCACAGCGUUUUUUCAGCUGAGACACAUUGGUUGCUAUGAUAUGGAAUAGACAUGGAAGUAUUGUGUUGCAAGUACCUAAUUUCACAGAGAGUUUUUGUUAUCAAUAAGUACUGAAUGUAAAAAUGUCGGCACAAGGUAGAGUACUUGCUCUGGCUAAAGGGAAGGCUGAACCAUGUAAUGUUCCUCCAAGCAUUAUUUUUCAUAUUUAUAUUGUGAUAGUCUGGGAAUGUCUUCUGGUACAGACAUGAAUACUCAGAGACCAGCUACCUUCUCCUCCACUAGUUGUUCAGUCAUUGUACAAGUAGGAUGUGACGGUUGGUCAGUGUGGUAUUUGUCCCGCACCUCCUCCAGUGUGAUUGGACAGCUGGGUUAAAAAGUGAUGCGUUUUACCCAAUGUUGAACAUUUUUCAACUCUCGGCGACCAGAAAAAACCGCCAAUGCGCAGCGCUCAGUGUGGAAUAGCCACUCAGUGCCUCAUCACCUGCUGUUUUUUUUAAUAUUUUUUAAUUUUUGGUCACCAUUCACUUACACUGUGAGGACCUACAGAGCUUAAAUAUUCUUCUAAAAAGCUUUGUGUUCAGCAGAAGAAAGAAAAUCAUACAGAACUGGGAUGGCAUGAGUGUGAGUAAACGAUGAGAGAAUUAAAAUUUUUGGGUGAACUAUCACUUUAAUGGCUUGUAUUAGUGUUUGCUGCUUUAGUAAUAUGAACUUUCUUCAAAAAAUAAAAGCAAAAUACUAGUCAAUUUUCUCUAAAACUAGAACUGUAGUUUAAUUACAAGCCUACUAAUUAAGUUACAAGCCUCUCUGUUGAUUCUGAUUAUCUUAAUUCAACAAUUGAACAAUUUGAUUAUAGAGCAAUAUAUUUUACAAUACAAUUAUAAUUUGUAUAGACUUGUUCUCUUUUUGAUGAAAAAUGUUACUUAA